AUGGAGAAAUUCUUCAACAACUUAGAUUUGGUGACUGAUCAUGUCAUAUUCUUGGGACCCUAUGGGACAUAUUCUCAUCAAGCUGUGAUGCAAGAAUUUGAUGAAGAUGAAGAGAUUAAAGAUGGGCCAGAGAAGAGAUAUAUCAAAUUGGUCACAGCCAAAUCUAUUGUAGAAUGUUUUGAAGAAUUGGAAACCAAUCCUGCAGUACGAUAUGCUGUUGUUCCGUUGGAGAAUUCCACCAAUGGACAAGUAGUAUUCUCGUAUGAUAUCCUAAGAGAUAAAGUAUUGACUACAAAGAGAGAAGAAGCCGGUAAGUUUAAGAAUCAAGUGCUACCCAGAUUGGACGUCAUUGGUGAGCAAUAUGUUAAUAUUAGCCAUUGUUUGCUAUGUCCAACUGUUGGAGACGAAGGAGAAGAAACUCAAACUGAUAUGGAUAGAUUGUUUUCUCAAUAUAAAGUGAUUCGUAUUCUUUCUCAUCCACAAGUUUGGGGUCAAGUGACUGAAUAUUUAAAUAAAUUGCAAUUGAAAUAUCCUGAAAUUAAAUUCGAGAAAUCUGAUACCAAUUCCACUAGUGAAGCUGUUUUUAAAUCUGUGGAAUAUGAAAGAGAAAGAGCUAAAACAGGAGGCAAUGGCGUAUUGACACUUGCCAUUGCCAGUGAAGCUGCAUCCAAGAUCUUUAAUGUGACCAUCUUGGAAAAAUCCAUCAAUGAUAAAGUCGGUAAUACAACACGGUUUUUAAUUCUUAAGAAACGAGAGGAUACGUUGGUUAGAAAGACAAUCCAUGAUAAAAGUGGUGAUAAAGUGAACUUGUUGACAUUUGGGAUUGAAAAAAACGAACCAGGUUCUCUAGUGGAUGUUCUAAUGAUAUUAAAAAAAUAUCAAUUGAAUAUGGUCUCGGUGAAUUCAAGACCAUACAACGACCCUUCCAAUAAUGAUUCCAAGAAAUGGGACUACUUCUUUUACAUAGAAUUUGUCUGUGAAAGAGACGAUAUCGAUUGGAACGAAUUUUACCAAUCGAUCGAUAACAACUGCAUCACCUGGUGUCUCUGGGGUUCAUUUCCAAGAAACAAGCGUUAUUACAAUUGA